CUUGGGGCAACGCAGGAAAGAUGACGGAGGUGCUUAAUUUCGGUAGGUGGCGCGGGCACACCUUUGAAGAUGCACGAGGUAAGGGUGAAGCACAAGAAAGCCCCUUCUCCUUUCGUCCUUUCCUGUCAUCCUGUUGUCGUACGUGUUGUCAUGUUUUGUAGACCGUGACCCCGAGUACUGUGAAUGGGUGCUCAGUCAGCGCCCUCUCCCCAACAACACCAACUUUGCUAGUUUUCGUGGGUGGCUACAAGCGAACCCGCCGGCUAUUGAUGUUGACGACGACGACUUUGGCUUUGCUAUGGCUAUGCUGGCCCCAUCGCCUGCGCCUGCUGAUUAUGGAUCUGCACGGCAGGAGAGGGCGGGUCCGAUGCCCAGCGCCGGGCCAUACAACGGCUGUCAUCGCACGCUGACGCACGGGUAGGAUGAAUGAACGAGUGCCUCUCUCCUCAUGCCCUCAUGCUGGUUGGCUGUGCUUGUUUGCGUUCUUGGCUCCCUUUUCUUCUCAGGGAUGUGUGUCGGAACACGACUUUGAGGGUUCAUGGCAUGUCGCGAGUAGAGAGGCUCCUUUCUUCUCGUCCGCCAGAGGACUUCACGCCGUUUCUUGCCACCAAAGGCACCAGCGGCGGCCGCAGCGGAUGGUGACGGACAAGCAGCGGCGGCGGCGGCGAGCGGCUCAGCGACUGCCGGUGGACAGCAGGGUAUUGGCGAGGGGGCGAUAGUUGGGACGGCUGGGAGGAUUCAGUUUGAACAAACCAUCGCGAACGGAGUACCUUUGAAUGUCGCCCCCUACCACCCGAACUUCCGACACUUGCCCCUGCCUGGUAGGCAUGAAUCUCCGUGUGGUCGAUCAGCAGUCACGUGUUGUGAUGGUUUUGUUGUCGGUGUUGUUCAGUUUGUGGCAUCCCUGUAGAAACAGCAUACACAGCCCCAGUCGCAGUGGCGACAACUCCCGCUUCCAGGCCGAGUCCGCCUCCUGAGCCCGAGCAGGAUGUGUGUAGUAUCUGUCAAGACGAGCUUCGUUCGCUGCAGGUGCUGAGACAGAUCAACGGAUGUGGGCAUGCCUUCCACGGUACGCGCGAGGGGGAAAAAUGAGUGUCUUCCUUGCACAUGGAAUCUGCUGCGUGUUCUCUUCUCAUGUGUUCAUUUCCCUCUUUGAUUCAGCCGAGUGUUUGGAUGGUUGGUUGAAGACGCAUUCGACGUGCCCGAUGUGUCGGCUCUCGCUGCACAACAGUCACACGGUGAGCAACCUUUCAUUUUCCAUUCACCCGAGGAUCAUGCGCGCACCUUUGGUUGCAUCUGUCGGUGUCUGCAGUCGCACGCAAGUAGGGCUCAGCGGACGAGCGAACGGGCGCAUCGUUGAGUUCACUGAAUGGAGAAGACAGAGUGAAUGCCGAGACAAGAAGCGUCUCUGCACUGACUGUGUCAACUUCAAGCGCGGCACGUGUGCGACUCGCUCGCGUCGUUUGUCUAUCGCCCUCGCGCGUGCAACUAGCUACUGUCUGCGUGGGGGAGGGAGGGGUGGUUUGCUGGGCUGGGGUGUGUGAUGGGGCGGGGAUCGAUCCCUCCUCCCCUCGAGCUUGCUUGACUCUGCGUGCUCAGGGAACUGUUUAUUUAUGGGUGUCGCGGACACACAGAUGAGGGUUACGGGUAGUGCAAGUUGUCACAUAGAAGACAGAGUUUGUGGCGCCGGCCUGGGUGGUGUUGGUGUGGAAGGUGGACUGCUUGCUUGUGAUGAGCAAGGAUGUGCGUGUGGUGAUUCUUCGUGUCGUGGAUCUGUAUCAAAUGUGUAUUUGGG